ACGACAGAGGCGAAUCCGACGAGGCCCCGUAUGCUUCGCGCGUGCGCGCGAGUCGGCGGCGGCGGCGGCCGGCAAGGAGGAGCCCUCAUGGCCUCCCUCAUCACCUUCCUGCCUUCCUCCUCCUUCUCCUCCUCCCAUCUCCCUCGCAAGCCCCAGCUGCCGCCAACCCCUCCCACUCCCGCUCCCACCGCGGCGCGCCCGUCCCGGUUCAACCUCCUGUUCGCGCGCGCCGCCGCCCGGCGGGACCCGGAGCCCUCGCCGGCUCCGGCGGAGGCGCCUCCGGAUGCCGCCGUCCCGGCGGCCGAGGAGAGGAGGUCGCUGGCGGUGAGGACGGGGGAGCUGUUCCUGGGGCUGGCCGCGCUGCUGCUGCGCGGGACCGGGGCGCGGCGCGGGGGCGGCGGCGCGGCGGUGGAGGAGGUGGAGGCGAGGGACGGGGUGGUGUGGGAGCAGCGGCCCGAGGACGUGGAGGCCGAGCGGAGGAGGAGGGAGCUCACCACCCCCGGGUUCAGCUUCUCCGCCGCGGGGCUGCUCUUCCCCUACCACCUCGGCGCCGCGCAGUACCUCAUGGAUAAAGGCUACAUCACUGAGAGAACCCCGUUAGCUGGCUCAUCAGCUGGUGCCAUAAUCUGUGCAGUGAUUGCAUCCGGGAACACAAUGCAGGAUGCUCUGCAGGUGACCAAAGAUCUAGCUGACAACUGCCGGAGUAACGGUACUGCAUUUCGGCUUGGGGCUGUGCUCAGGGAUGUCCUUGACAAGUUUCUCCCAGAUGAUUUGCACAUCAGAUGCAAUGGAAGGAUUCGUGUUGCUAUUACUCAGCUAUCAUGGAGGCCUAGGGGCUUACUAGUUGACCAAUUUGACUCGAAAGAAGAUGUCAUUAAUGCUGUCAUUACAUCCUCUUUUAUUCCUGGAUACUUAGCUCCCAGGCCGGCAACUUUCUUCCGUAACAGGCUAUGCAUUGAUGGGGGCCUUACAUUAUUUAUGCCACCCACUUCUGCUUCUGAAACUGUCCGAAUAUGUGCUUUUCCAGCCAGCCGACUGGGUUUGCAAGGGAUUGGGAUUAGUCCAGACUGCAAUCCAGAGAACAGGGCUAGUCCAAGACAGCUGUUUAACUGGGCUCUGGAACCGGCGGAAGAUGAAAUUCUCGACAAGUUAUAUGAGCUUGGGUACAGGGAUGCAGCUGUAUGGGCUGAGCAGAAUUCUACUGAGUUGACUUCGAAGAAUGAUCAACCUCUUGCCGUUGAUUGAAUCAAGAGAAUCAAAUACCUUUAGUUCUAUACUUGAUAUAUUGUAAAGAUGGCACUGCCUGUCUAUGAAGAAUGAAGGUGGCAAUGUACUGCAUUGGGUUCCAUGGAUUUGUUAGGGAGAAGCAAAUGAAAAGGCACCCCAGUCAUUAGGUGUGUCAAUGAUACUGGAGGCAAGUUGGUAUUAGGGUUUACAAACUGAUCAGCAUAAUCAAAUGUAUAUAUUGUAGGCAACGAGGUAUAACCUGAGAACUUGUUCUGUAAUGGCACAGGGGAGUGAUGUUUGCGCCUUGUGAACAGACAACUCCAGCAAAAACAACUUUCAAAACUCAA